ACCACCGCUUGAAAUCGCUUCGUGGCGUCGUCGACCGGCGCAAUGGCCGAGAAAGUGGCGCUCCUGAUGACGCAGGAGAUGUUGGUGUCGGAGAACUCGGCCAUGGUGACGACGCUGGCCCGCGUCAUUGCCGGCGAGCGCAGGCCUCCGCCUCUGCCGGUGUGCCUGCGUGAGUAUUCUUCUUUGCUGUCUCGGGACGGUGGCUGUGGUGGUGGCGACGGCGGGAGCGGGAUGAAGAGGGCGAGGGCGGCGCCGCCAACGCCUGGUGAGAGGGCGACGGGGUCGCAUGCCGUUGCAGAGACGGAGCAGCCGCAUUUACAGCAGCCGACGGCGGCGCCGGCGAAGUUCCGCGGAGUCCGGCAGCGGCGGUGGGGAAAGUGGGCGGCGGAGAUCCGCGACCCAAGCAAGGCGGCGCGCGUGUGGCUCGGCACCUUCGAGACGGCGGAGGAAGCGGCGCGCGCCUACGACCGGGCCGCCCUCCGCUUUCGCGGCAGCCGCGCCAAGCUCAACUUCCCCGAGCGAGCCGUCCUCCGCCGCCAAUCCUCUCUGCCGCCGGGUCCGGAGGCCUCCGGGGACUACUCGAGGCUGUCGCAGGUGGCGCCGCCAUUGGAUCAGUUCACCUACUUGAAUUGUGAUCCUUAGGCUGCGCUUCCGACGACUUCCUCCGGUGCUGCGGCGGAAUGGCUGGGACGUAAAAUCAUAAAUUUGUAGAAUAAGCUUUAUGCUCCCAGUAAACACAACAUCAUGACCUAUCGCAGCUUCGCCACUACUUAGGCUACGUUUGAUAGAAUAUAAUCUCUCUUGUAAUAUAAUCAAGAUUAUAUUACAAAACUAAUUAUUUUAUUUAUUUUAACUUUAAACCUAUAAUGUAUUGUA